AGUAGGCGUUCACUUCAGCUUCCGUCCGCAGAGCCGAUUGAAGCCGAGCUGAGUCGAUCCAAGAGAGAGACAUUAGCGCAAACCUGUAAUGGUCUCUAAUCACCUUCAUCAUGUUCCAUCUGUCCGUCUCUGUGCUCAUCCUCUACCUACAAACCCGUACAGUGUUUUCAGAGCUGGCUCCUCCUCAUAACGUCUCCAUGGUGACCAUGAACACAAACUACACUCUGACCUGGGACUAUGACUGGAACGCUGUAGGGGUUACCUUCAGCACAGAAUACAUACCGAGGUUCAAGCUGGGCUCAAAGAGGGGUGUCAAGUGGCAGCCAGCCUGUGAGGAGUCACCACGCAGGUUAUGUGACCUUACACCUUGGGACCUGCACUACCUGAGCUUCUACAUCCUGAGAGUCCGAGCCAACGCCAAUGGGAGCCAAUCAGAGUGGGUGAUGAGGGAGUUCUGCCCGGAUACAGAGGCGUCUCUUGGCCCUCCGUCCUCUGUGGAUCUGUCUCCAGCAGGAAGUGACCUGGACAUCUUCAUCUCUGACCCUCUGACCAGCAGGAACACCUCCAUGAGGGAACACCUGGAAGAACUAUACUACUACAUCCUAUACUGGGAGAAACCUGAGGAUGCAAUGGCGGUGAGGCAUCACUCAGUAAGCAGCAGUGUGAACAUGGUCACCCUACCCGGUCUGAAGGCCUGGACCUGGUACUGUGUGAGCAUCCAGACACGCUAUGACUUCUACAACAAGAGCAGCAGCUUCACUGCCCCACUCUGCAUGCAGACCCAAGGCACUCUUCCCUGGUGGCAGAUCUUCCUCUUCUUUCUGGCAUCUCUGCUCUUCUUUUUUGUCCUUGUCUUGUUGUCUCUCGUCAUCUUCUUCCGGUGUUACCGAACGAUAAAGAACACACUGUACCCGUCCAUUACACUGCCGUCAUACCUCAAACAGUACCUUCAGGAUUCCCCGGGCUCUGACGUGCCCCGUCUCCUCACCCCAGACUCAGAGAGUGAACAUCUGUGUAAGGUCUCCAUCUGCCCUGAACCUCCAGUCCUGGAGAUCCACUGGCCUCCAGCAGAGGCCCUUGAGGAGCCCACCCCUGGCCAUGAGCCCGACAUCAGACACAUUCGUCAGGACAGCGGCGGUAGUGAAGACUCAGGUGUUUACUCUUCGGGGGGCAGUUCUUCUCUCAGGCCCCACCCCUCCCUGUCAGGUGAGGGGGGCGGCAAUUUCUGUCAAGACACUUUUGACCCUCAACAGGUGAAGAUGAGGGACAUGACCCCGAGGGUCAAAGUUCAGCUGGUGACCAGUGACAGUGGCGUAAUGGAUGUGAGGUUGUAGAGAUGGAGUAGCAUGUUGACUGUGGAUCGGAGAGGCACACCGAGCAUGCUCCUGAUGUCACCUCUCAGCCUGUCAGCAAUCAACAGCUGAUCCGUGGAACGGUAUAACAGUUCAUUUUGUUUCCUUCCUAUUGAAAUUCCGCCUGUUUGAAUUUGUAAUGAUGCUCGUUUUAGACUGAUGCAGACACGCGUCCACCUGACUCAGACUGUUAGACACGCCUCCACCUGAGUCAGACUUUUAGACACGCAUGCACCUUACUCAGAGCAUCAAAUGCGAGUUCAUGCUCCCACAUAUGAUUCUUAUAGAAUCUUGGAUGCCUCUUCAUUUACUCUUUGGUUUUUAUUCACCCUUUUUAUAUGAACAUAUGUUGUAUCCUUCUUAGUGCUGUGAUGUCAUCAGUGAUGUCAUUACACAAAGUUAUUAACAUUUAUUGUAAAAAAAAAUAUCAACAACUUGUCCGUUACCACUAAAACUAAAACCCCAGAAGGCCAACUCAUUGAUGUUUGAGUAUCAGUGAUGGAAAUCUCCAUAACACUUUGCCAGCAUUUCAGUGUGAAUACGUUGCCAACUUUUUGGUCUCAUUUGCAUAAGUAGGUUGACACCCAGUGAUGGAUGAUUUUGUGUUUUAUCAAAAAUUGCAGGGAAACUUCUACACAUUGUCUAAAUUGCAGACAAACAUUGGCAACAUUUGAAGAAUUUGCUGAAGCCGAAAAGGACUAAGCAUUUCCCCUCUUCUCUCAUUUCACCCACCUGUCCUAAUGUUGCCAAUGUUUGUCUGCAAUUUAGACCAUAGUGGCGGUUUACUCUUGUGAGGUAAGAUAAAAAAAAAAACCAUCCAGACUGAGCAGACCACGGUGAGGAGUGGAUCGUAGUGGAUCGACCUAUCAGUGUCCUCUGCUUCUCUCAUAGCGAGAGGAAAAAAACAUUCACCUGUGAUGUGACAUUGAGACUGAGUGAACUUUAAUAACCUUUAUUAACCCUGUCACAGAACAAACAGCCUCAAACUAUUAAUAAUGAUUAUUGAUUAUUAUUAUUAAUAAUGUAUGACCCACUGAGGGUUGGUUGGAUGUCUGUGUUGCCUCAUCAUGUUGUACAGUCUGAAAAUGUAAAUAUUGAUGUUCUGCUGCAGCAGCUCUGGUUUAAAUGAAAAUAUUAAAAAUUCAAAAUAAAAAUAUUA